UAUUUUCCUUCGCACAAUAUUUUAAUUAAAUACCGAUUCAUUUAUAAAAUCAUUGAUUAAACAAAAAAAAAACUGUUCAGUUAUGACUGCAAUACUCGGUGGAGGGAUUUCGGGACUGUCAGCGGCAUUUUAUGCCCUGGAGAACCGAAAAUUGGGCCCCCUGGUGCUCCUGGAGAUAUCGGAUCGACUGGGAGGCUGGAUGAGAAGCGUAAAAUCAAAAUCGAACGCUAUUUUUGAAAAAGGCCCAAGAACAGUCCGACCAUUAGGUCUCGCUGGUGCAAAUACCUUGGCAAUGAUCGACGAGCUCAACCUGGCAGAUAAAAUCAUCCCGAUUUCAUCGGCGCAUUCGGCAUCAAAGAAUCGAUUGAUUUACGCCGAUAAUAAAUUGCACACUCUACCGAAUUCCUUAAUGAGUUUAUUCCGAGUGAAUUCCCCGUUUAAUCGACCACUUUUCACUGUCAUUUUCGAUGAUCUGGCAGCGGGGAAAGGAGCCGCCGGGGAUGAGAGUCUUUACAGCUUCACGGAGCGAAGAUUCGGAAAGGAUAUCGCUGAUUAUUUAAUUAGCCCCAUGAUGUGCGGCAUUUGCGCUGGUGAUGCGAAAAAAAUUAGUGUGAAUUUUUUAUUCAAAAGUCUCGCCGAAAUGGAACAAAAAUACGGAUCGAUAGUCAAGGGGUUGUGGAAGAAAAGGUGGCAGGAGAUUUUGAAUUCAAAACGUAAGAAAGCUCCAGAGGAAAAGGCGGAAAUGCUUGUGGGUUCUGCAGCACAAGCUCGGAGAGAGAGGUGGGCAAUCUGGGGUCUCCAGGGAGGAAUUCAACAGCUCCCUGAGGCUCUGGAAAAAAAAUUAGCAGAGGGAGAUGUACAAAUUCGGCUGAAAACGCAGGUCAGGAGUAUCACGUUCAAACCUGAUUUCGUGGAGGUCGAUGUCAGCGGAGAAAUUCAAAGGUUUGAGAGAGUGAUUUCUAGUCUGGCAGCUGGAGAAUUGGGGAAACUACUCCAGGAACAGCAUCCCCAGCUGGCGAGGGAAUUGGAGGCGAUCCCUACGGUCACUGUGGCUGUAAUAAAUUUUGAGUUUCCAGGGAAAAUUCUGCCGAUGGAGGCCUUCGGCUUCCUGGUGCCUCCCAAGGAGAAGAUUCCCAUUUUAGGAGUGAUAUUUGACUCCUGCACUUUCCCUCACCGAUCUUCAACGGUACUGACAGUAAUGAUGGGUGGUGCAUGGUUCGACGAAUAUUUCGGUGUGAAUUCAUCGCGAGAGCACAUGGAGUCUCUUGCAUUAGAGCAAUUGAGGAAGAUUCUCGGGAUAAGGGUCGAUCCCUCGGACACUCACUUCCAAAUUCUCAAGAAUUGCAUUCCUCAGUAUAUCGUCGGCCACGAGGAGAGAGUCAAGAGAAUACGUAAUUAUAUCAGUGCUCAUAAAAUGCCUCUGACACUCUGUGGCUCCUCUUAUCAAGGUGUUGGCCUUAACGAUGUUAUUCUGUCAGCGAAACAGGCCGUGCAUGAUAUUUCGUGAUAAUUUUGUCAAUUUGUAUGCUCAUCGAAUAAACAUAAUAGAUUUACUAAUGAAA